GCCUAGGCGCGCUGGAACUUGAACAUCAAGCUCAAUUCUUUCAUUCUUUCUUUCUUUCCUUACAUCAGCACCCAUCACACAACAUGUGUGCACUCUGAGUCGUUCUCCAACCACUCCCCUACGCUGUUCAUGUCACGAUGGCAUCGCCACAGCUUGCAAUAGCCCAACUCUCUUUCUCGGCCGUUCUGCUUCGCGCAGACCCGACAUCGUGCCCGCGCACCGAGAUCGACGAGUUCGUCAGCCAGCUCAACGCGGCCACUUCGCGAUGCUCUACGUCCAAUGUCCAGAAAUGCAAGCAAUGGAUCUUCGCAAAUCUAGCCCAUUCGCCCGCGAGGGUCACAGCCUUGGCCAAGUAUUUCCUCGCUCUAGCCGGCUCGUAUUCUGCCGACCUUGCUACCACUAGACAAGCCCGGGAACCCUCGUCGAAACGGAGGCGUCUGCAUCUUCUGUAUAUCCUCAGCGAUGCUCUCUACCAGGCCCACGCGAGAGAAAACAAUGCCAGCUUUGCCGCGAAUCUCGAACCCACGUUGCCGAGUCUCUUUCAGAGUGCCGCGGCUUUUCCGAAUUCUCCCAAGCAUGCCAAAAAACUCCAUGACUUGCUUGACAUGUGGGGAAAACACCAGUACUAUCAGGCCGAAGCCAUCGACCAACUUCGACAAGCUGUCCGCGAUGGCCCAAAAAGUCCAGUCUCCACGUCCUUACAGGACAACGCUGCCAAUGGAUCCGCGACUGCCAGUACGAAAUCAUCCAAGGACGCGCCAUUUAUUAUGCCAGCAAUGCAUGGUGAAGCUACCGCACCCUGGUACGACUUACCUGCCGCGAAUUGGCUCCCGGUCAUGGAACCGAAUUCCACAAGACCAAUGAACCCAGAAAUGAUCCGGCCACUUCGGUUGACUGCUGGACCUGUGGAUAAACAGCUCAUAAAGGCUGUGCAAGACUUACUUGCCGAUGUAGACCGGAUAUACUCAAAGGAAUGCGUUUCAAAUGGCCAGUCUACUGAGGAUAUUGACCAGAUGGGGCAGAGGAUUGUUUUAGACGAGAUCACAGGCGAAAUCGUAGAGGGAGAAACAUAUUACGGCUGGUCACGGGCAUUCUGCCAAAAGAUGAAGGAACGGCGAAAGAAGAAGACAGCGUCAAGGAAUGGAGAGCGUGGCCGCAGUAUGUCACGAUCCGCAUCACGCUCGCUGUCGCGCUCACGGUCUCGCUCACGGAGCGUGUCUCGAGGGUCAUCACGCCCAGCAUUCAAACGCCGCCGAAUAUCUCCCUCGCCAGAUUCGCGGCGAAGCCGAAGUCGUAGCAGAGGUUAUGACCGCGGUAGGGAGCGCAGCCGAGACCGGCAGCGACGCAGGUCAUACGACAGCUCAAGAUCACGAUCUCGAUCACGGUCACGGUCACGGUCGCGAUCACGCUCUCGAUCUCAAUCUGGGGGAUACAGCCCGUCAUCACCAGCGAGACAGAGACCUUACACCAAAUCUCCAAAUCCACCCAAUCCCGGCACCAACAUACCAAACCCACCACUUCAGCCCAAUUUCAUGCAAACACCGCAGGCCUUUCCUCCCGACUUCAGCCAAUUCCCCAUUCCGCCCCCUCCCCCGCCUAAUUAUCAGGGUCCUUGGCCUCCGCCACCACCGCCCCCUCCCGCAGGCGGUAUGCCGCCGAACUGGAUGCCUCCUCCCAUGCCUAACUUGACCGGCGGAUGGGCCGCGCCGCAACAGCAGCAGCAACAACAACAGGGCUAUCAGCAGUACGGACGAGGUAGUGGGAGAGGAGAGUUUCGUGGUCAGGGGUAUCGGGGUGGGGGCUGGAAUAGGGGGCGGGGAUGGUGAUAGUCAUAGGUCGAGUUCUAGCUUGUCUGGCCCAUACCGUAGAAUCAAAGUUCAUUCCCAAUUUCGCA